GCGCUGCAGUGGUGGCGAAACGUCAUGAUUUACAGCUGGCUUGGGAUUUUGCCGCGUGUUUGCAGCAGAAACGCAGUGAUCUUGGCCAGGAAUGCAAGUGGAAUGACCACAGAGAGUGGCCCUGUGGCGUCCGCCAUCCGCCGGGGACUGGAGGCCACCUUCUCGCCUGUUCACCUCGAGAUAAUCAACGAGUCGCACAUGCACAAUGUGCCCCCAUCGUCAGAGACGCACUUCAAAGUCCUCGUUGUUUCCACCCAAUUCGACGGCGUCCCUCUCGUCAAGCGUCAUCGGAUGGUGAAUGAGGCAGUGAAGAAUGCCCUGGAGGGCGCUUUCGUGCACGCCUUGUCGCUGGAGACAAAGACACCGAGCCAGUGGGACUCCGCGUCCAAGGUGGACCCCAGCCCCAAGUGCCUCGGCGGAUUCGGGCGGUAG